GAACACACAUUUCCAAGAGGUUUUUCAAUAACAGAAAGGCAACCAGCCAAAACAGUUUUAACCUAAGAAGUUUUGUUCCAGCAUCAUCAGCACUGUGUUGAUUGCAGAGGCCAAAUCGUGCGAUGGCCAGGAAGAGUUAACUGCUGCCUCGAAACAAAGGACUCUCUCUCUUGCUGGUGGCUUUGUGAAAGACUGAGGAAUAGUUGAUAAGAUGGAGUUCAACAAGUUUCUGAAUGCAUCAGGGGGACAUCAAAGAAGGCAAGAGGAGGCUUUUGCUGGUGCAGGCAGCAGUGAAGCCAGGGUGGACGAUGAUGUGGAUUUUGUACAAAUGUAUCUUAGCUGUUUACCUGAGAGAUAUAUGAAGGCAAAAUUUACCCUGACAGCAUAUCUGGUGUGCUGGCUAAUCUUGAAACUCUGUAAGACAGCCUGGGAAAAAAGAUACCCAGCCAUUCAAAAGGCCUCAGAGCCGGUUGACAACUGCACAAGUGAAGGAGAGAUCGAAGAAGACCAGAAUUCUUCAAUCACAGAUACACCAGAGCUGGAGAUAUGUGGAUCAGGCCAGGAAACAGAUGAAGACUAUUUUGAAACCCAGUCACAUCAAAGCGAAUCACUGUCAGAUAUCAAGACAGAGCCUUAUGAAAGUGUGUCAGACUCUGAGUCCAUUGCCAGUGAUGUCACUAGAGAACUCAAUCUUUCUUCAGAAAUAGAAGAAACAUGGCAUAAGUAUUCCAAAACAAAAGGAGAUAGGUCUCCUCCCAAGUGUUUCACAAAAGAGUUUGGAUUUAUUCAGAAGGAAAGUGUGGAAUUCCCUUCAGUCUUACAUGUAGCAACAAGCAAAUAUGCCUUGGAGUUAUUAGCACCAGAAUCCAAAAUUGAAGACGUCAAAGGAAAGGAGCAGGUAUUACCUUACAGUAUUACAUCCACAGGAUCAAAGGCUAAUAAAAAUGAUUUUGUGUUACAGACUGAAGCUUUGUUAAAAGUGGGGACAAAAUCUGCAAACAGAGAGGCCCACUUCUAUACCCAUUCAGAGGGUCAAAUUAAAGGUGCCAGUAGAAAAGAGAGAAUGAGCCCAGAAGCAGUAACAUUGGUUAAUCUCAGAACAAACUCUGAAAGUUCUUUGAAUUUUUCUGAAACUUGCUGUUCCUGCUCAGAAACAGUUUCCAGAAAUAGUUUGCCUAAUAUUCAUUUAGAAACAAAUGGAAGUUGGAAAAGAUAUAAUGAAUCUUCCAAAAUGAGGUAUAAAAAAGAUUGUAUAUUUAAUACUGAGUAUAGUCAGAAGAAUAUUUUUGACAAUGAAAAAAAUGUAGAAACAAAUUUGUAUCGCAGAAAGCAGAAACUCACAGAUUUUAAAUCUACAUUUUUGGUGCCUUCCAUAAAGUCAGGAAAUUUGGCAAUGAAAUCAUGGCAUAGUUCUGGAAAUAUAAACGGUCAAGAUAUUAGAGAACAUAUCAAUGAUUGCCUUUGUCUGGCAGAUAAAUUAAGCCAAUCAUGUUCCACAUUGUCCCUAAAAGAACCAGAUCAUGUUCAUAUUAAGGAAAACAGAGACUGUUCAAAAUCCUUAAAAGUGGGAAAAGACACAAAUAUGAAAGGGUUUUUUCUUACUCCUCACUUGAUUUCAAAUGAAAAUAUACAGAAGCAAACAGAAAACUCCCAUGGGACCAACAAAUCCCAGCUCUGUGGCCUUACAACAGAAGGAACAGAUACAUCUGAAUGUCAGUCUUUGGUAUUAUCCCACCUGCCAAAUUCCUCAGAAAACAAUUCUAAAAAGAAGAAAUUUUCAAAUAUGGGAUGUAUAUCAACACAUGUAAAUGACAAUGUAGUGUUAAAAAAACAUCUGAAAUCAAAGGAUCAGAUAGAAAUUAAAGGGUUGUCUCCAAAUCACAUUAGUUCUGAAUCUCACAACUGUGAUGUUCAUGUCUCAGAAAGAUACAUAGAUAAAUGCAAUGUGGCAAAUAAAUAUGACCAUACUUGUGUUGUUCAUGCUUCCAUGAUUAAUGUAGACGUGAACAAGGAAAGCAAAUGCAUCAAAACUCAAAACCUUGAGGCUUUUCUUAGAGCAUCUGAAGUGAGAAGUGGGCCAAAUGUAGGCCAUGAAAAGGCAGUUGAGAUUCUGACAUCAAAUGGAAAAGGUUUUAGAGAACAGGAACCCAGUACAUCCAAUAUAUUAAGAUACCCUUUGAAUCAUCUCAAUAAUAUAGAAAAGAAGGCUUGCAAUUGCAGUAAUGGUAAAGAUGUUGAUGUCACUGCUUUUGAAGUAGCACUAAUACCACAUUAUAUGUGCCAGAAAGAAAAAUCAGAUAAUAUUUCUGAGUUAAAAGCUUUAUUGAUGGAAACCCCUGGUCAAGAACUAUUGCAAACAAAUGUUGAAGUUGAGAACUCUUUGGCUAAAUUUACUGAGAUACUAGAGCAUGAGAAUUCCAACUCUCAUCUCAUCACCAUCAUGGAUGCCACAAAAUCAGAAGAAUCUCCAAACGGAAAGUCCAGUUGUACAAAUGACAUGUUUUCUGUGCAGGUGUUGCCACACAAUGAAGAUGAAUUCCUGGUUAAGAUGGCUCCUGAGAAAAGUUCAAGAAACACACAUUGUGAAGCGGAUGCAAACAUGCUGGACUCACUGUCUUUGCCAGUCUCUGCAAAAUCUACGGAAAUUAGUUUGGUGAACAAUACAUCCACAACUAAUUUACUUUUAGAAAGUACUGUGCAAACCUGGAAAGAAGAGGGGUGCAUAGAUAUUUUGUCCUUAGCCUUGCCUGAAGCAAAUAGAGACAUAUCACUAAGAAAACCAUGUCAGUUGAAUGGUGAUUCUGUCUUAGAGACAGUACAAAUAACAAACCAUGAAUCUCAAACUCGUGGCUAUACAGCAAUGGAUGAAUCUAUGAUUACAAAUGCAGAACAGGAUGCUUGUGUAAAUAUUGCAAGAAUACAGGAAAUAAAUAGUAUAAAUAUAUUGUGCCAAGACAUUGUUGAUAAUGAUGAGACUCAUCUUCAAGGAAAUAAAAUCAAUGCUAAGCAAAUUAAUAGGGAAGAAGACUCCAAAAUUUGUGAUGUAAUACAUGAGGAAAUUGCUGUUUCUCAUAUAUCAGAAUCAGAUAAAGUUUUUUCAACAGAAAAUUCAAAGUGCAUUAGUAAAAACUACGACAUGAAUGUGAAUCCAGAUAUCUGUGACACUUCAGUGAAAAUCGACACACAAGAUAAUAGCACCAGUGGCCUAGAUAAUAUCAGCAUGGGAAGUGCAAAUUGUGAAGAGAUGGACAAUAAUAUAAUUAGCUUUUUUGGUAGUAACAAUAGUUUCUAUAAGGCAGUGCAGAGAAUCAACAAAGUGGGUGCCAUAGAAAAGUCUGUUAAGUAUUCUAAAUUUUUAGCUUUCCCCAAGAUGGCAUCCUUCAGGAAACCUAAGCUAACAUCUCCUGACAAUCAAGAUAACAUGAAAACUAAGGAAGUAACAUUUGAUAGUGAUAAAGCAGAUGAAGUAGAUGAAGUAGAAGAUAAUUGGAAAGACCUCAAUUCUUCCAGUUCUACUUUGCAAAACAAGGAUCAGUGCCUUGCAGAAUAUUCAGAUGACGACGAUUUAUUCUAUGAAAGACCUGCUGGACUUUUCAAUAGAAUUAGUCUGAGAAAAGCUUCUAGCUCUGGUCGCACACUCUUAGAAAGUGCAGGCACAUAUUCUUCUUCUCCCAUGUUAGCCAGGGUAAAAUGUGGAGAAGGAACAACUUUAGGAUUUGUAGAGAACAACAAUAAUGAGUUUACUGAGUACCCUGAUGUCCGGAAAUCCUCUCCAGAGAAUGAUUUUAAAUGUAACAAAAGCAUAGAUAGCAAAAAAUUCCGGAGCCGUUUGGCCUUGGCCCAUAGAUCCUUUUCAAGUUUUUUUGAAUCUAAAACUCUGGAAAAGGAAAAUGCUCAACAGAGUCCAAAAAUUUCAUUAAAAAAUGAAAAAGUGAAAGCGCACCAAUCUUGGAAAGCUUUUCUAAAAAGCAAGGAGGCAGAUAGUCUGAAGCAAAAUCCCUGUUCAAAUAGGAGCUCUGGAAACUUUAGUAGAAAAACAUUGAAGGAAAAAAAGGAGUAUCAAAAUGGACAAGAAUUUUUUAAAUACAGUGUUUCUAAUGGGUCAUCUACAGGAGGUGGGCAUUCCUAUUCCUUUGGGCCUGCUGAUUUUCUACCUAUAGACACCAGGAGGAAGAGGAGAGAGUCAUCCUAUAGCCCAGAUUGUAGUGGGAAAGAGAAAAUGAUGGGGAAUGAUGGGAAUACCUCCUAUGAAGAAUUCUGGCUGAAAUCUCCAAUUACUCCAAUUGAUCUGCAGUCAUCAUUUCCCCAUUUCACUCCUUCUUGCCCCCAGUUGUCAAUGUAUGAACGUAAAGACAUGCCAUGCAGGCCUAUGAGUCCCAAGCCACAGAGUCCUCGAACUGCUCAUCAGCGCAUGGGCUUCCAUUAUCCUGGUAAAUUAAGUUCAACUUCAUUGAUAUCUCUUGGAAAUAUCUCUGUUAUUGAUGGCGGUUUGGAAGCACCUGAGAGGCCAAAGACAUUGAAACCCAGAUCUAGUAUCUUGCAAUCCAUGCACUCAUUAGAUAAUGACUAUUUGAGAGAAGACAGUGGGAUAAGCAGUCAGUCACAGAUCAGCUUAAACACUACUACUUCAAUGAGUGAUAUAAUCAGAGAUGAGGAACAUUCCCAACAAAGUGAAAUUUCAGCAGAAGAGAGGUCAGGUGAAAAGCAUGGUCUUCCUUACCGAAAAAAGUCUAUUCAGAUGCCAGGGUCUUUGGAUUCAAAUGUAGAGGACAAGGCCUGGAUCCUUCCCUUCUAUAUCCAGGAGGGAAAGAUAAAAAAGCAUGUCCUGCAGAAGAGACACAAAUCCCUAUACAAGUGCUUCAGCUUUGAUGAUACAUGGAUGGAGAGAAACCGAAAAAGGACCUUUGUGAAAGAGGCCCAGUCAGAUAGAGAGAAUGAAUCAAGUAACUUCCCAGAAGAUCAACUCAAUGUUAAAACAAAAUCAGUUACUUCUCCAGUGGCCACUGAUACCCUUCCUCUCAAGUUGCACCUCUAUUCCCAGAGCACACCUACCGGACUAGACUGCAUGGGCUUGAGGCAAAGCAUCUCCUUUCCUGUAAUUGCUGAUGGAUCACUAGAAAAAAACAGUGAUGACAUUGGGAGUGAAGAGGAUUUAUAUGAAGAUUUCCGAAGUUCAAGUCAUCGUUAUGGCCACCCAGGUGGUGGAGGAGAACAACUUGCUAUUAAUGAGCUUAUCAGUGAUGGUGGUGUGGUCUAUGCAGAAGCACUCUGGGAUCAUGUCACUAUGGAUGACCAAGAACUAGGUUUCAAGGCUGGCGAUGUUGUUGAAGUCAUGGAUGCUACUAACAAAGAAUGGUGGUGGGGCAGGAUAAUGGAGAAUGAAGGCUGGUUUCCAGCCAGCUUCAUACGGCUCCGAGUAAACCAGGAUGAACCAAUUGAAGACUAUCCUCUGAAGUUAGAAGACGAUCGGGAAGAAGAUGGAAGAAAUGCUGUUCAUCGCUAUGGAAUGGGGCAUACAACAAAGGAUCAAAUGAGAACCAAUGUUAUUAAUGAAAUUCUAAGCACAGAAAGAGAUUACAUCAAACACCUAAAAGACAUCUGUGAGGGCUAUAUAAAACAAUGCCGUAAACGAGCAGACAUGUUCACAGAAGAGCAGUUGAAGACUAUAUUUGGGAAUAUUGAGGAUAUCUACAAAUGCCAGAAAAAAUUUGUUAAAGCCUUGGAGAAGAAAUUCAACAAAGAUUGCCCACACCUGAGUGAGGUUGGCUCUUGCUUCUUAGAAUAUCAAAAUGAAUUCCAGAUUUAUUCGGAGUACUGUAACAAUCACCCAAAUGCUUGCAUGGAGCUUUCCCGGCUUACAAAAGUGAACAAAUACGUAUAUUUCUUUGAAGCAUGCCGUCUCCUUCAGAAAAUGAUUGAUAUCUCUCUGGAUGGUUUCCUCCUAACGCCAGUUCAGAAAAUUUGCAAGUAUCCCCUACAGCUUGCAGAACUGCUGAAAUAUACCAAUCCACAGCAUAGGGAUUUUAAAGAUGUUGAAGCUGCUUUGAAUGCCAUGAAAAAUGUAGCACGGCUCAUCAAUGAAAGGAAGAGGCGUUUGGAAAAUAUAGACAAAAUUGCUCAGUGGCAGAGCUCAAUAGAAGACUGGGAGGGUGAAGAUGUCCUUGUUAAGAGUUCUGAACUCAUCUACUCUGGGGAGUUAACCAAAAUUUCCCAGCCUCAAGCAAAAAGUCAUCAAAGAAUGUUCUUCCUCUUUGAUCAUCAACUUGUAUGCUGCAAGAAGGAUCUCCUACGACGUGACAUCCUCUAUUAUAAGAGUCGGAUCAACAUGGAUCUUAUGGAGAUUCUGGACGCGGAAGAUGGAAAGGAUAAAGAUUUCAAUAUUACUAUUAAAAAUGCAUUCAAACUGCAUUGCCAGGACACUGAAGAAGUCCAUUUAUUCUGUGCAAAGAAACCAGAACAGAAGCAACGCUGGCUCAAGGCAUUUGAGAAUGAAAGGAAGCAGGUUCAGCUUGACCAGGAAACAGGUUUUUCCAUCACUGAAAUGCAGAAGAAACAAGCUAUGCUUAAUGCCAGCAAACAAAAUCAGAGUGGAAAGCCAAAAGCAGUGAUCACUAGGACGUACUAUGAUUUCUUGAUGCGCCAGAAACACCCUACUUUGCCUACAAACCUUCCCCAGCAGCAAGUCUUCAUGCUGGCAGAGCCCAAACGCAAACCUUCAAACUUCUGGCAGAAUAUCAGCAGGCUGGCACCGUUUCGAAAAUGAGGGGAAGCAGCCUGACCUUGUGCCUGAAUCCCUUUUGAGACAGCACUUUACGCUUCUGUCCUGCAAGCCUAAGCACUGCCUCCACCUCUGGCUUAGCAUCCUCUCCCUCCCGACUCCUUUCCUUUGGAUCAACUGGAAGAGCUUCAAAGUGUUAUGAUCUUCUUGUGUAUGUGUGCAUGUGUGUAUGUCGAUGAAAAUGAACUCAGACUGCCCAUACACCUAGGAGAAGACGGAUGUCAGAAUAUUUUUUUUAAAUUCCUUAUUGUCCCUUUUAUUCUGGACCGCCCUUCCGUCUGGGAACCUUUAUUUGGGGAUUUGAAAAGACUGACAGCAAAAGACAACAGUAGAUGAGCAGCUACCACCACUUCUCGGUCAUUUGCUCUGAGCAGCUAUUUGACAUGCUUACUGGUGCCCAUUAUCCUGAUGAGGUUCUCCCUUCCUCCUACCCAAAUUUUCAGAAAUCCAGAACAGCCUGAGCAUUCCCAGAGAUCAAACGGCACCUUCUCUUAUGUCAAACAGCUGAUCUGGAACCAGUACUUGAUUAACCAAGCUGAGGUGUGGCUAAGAGCCAGGACAUUUGUAGCCUAAUUGAGUUAAUGUAUAUAGGAGAGGGGAAAUGAGCCUAAAUUACCUUUUAAUUUCUUUUACUUUCUCAUAGCUCCUGGCCAACAAUACUUUUUUUUCAAUGUUUAUAAAAUGUUUAUUUAUGUAACAGUGCAAAUAACUGUAUUUUGUAAAUUUGUAAUCUGUCUUGUCAGGUUUUAACUUGAUGCCUCUUUUGCCUCUUCUUUUCCACUGAAGAAAGCCAAUAUUUGGAAGCCUAUAUCAACCUUCCACAACUUGAUGUCCUCCCAAUGUGUGGAAGUCCCAUUCCAAGAAUUCCAAAAUAGGUGCAGUGAGGCUUUGUGGAUUCUGGGAGUUACAGUCCAGACAUAUCUAGGAGACACAAUAUGGAAGAAAGGUUGACCUAUAUUCCUAAAGAUACAAUACGUAUAUUUAUCUAAAGAUUAAUUUCAGGCAUGCCAGGCACUUACAAACUAAGCAGUAUUAUUUGGAACUAUGGUAUAUCACCUAUGCAACACUCUGCAGAGGAGGUGAGGGUGCUUAAGAGAAGACAGGAACACAGAUUCGCCAAUUUUUAUGGAGAGUGUAUUUUCAGAUACUAACCACUUGAAAAUUGAUGGCAUUCUCUCUCUCCAUAUAAUCUUUUGAUUAGAUAAAAGAUUUGCCUUACAAUAGUGAAAUAGAUAGAAGCCAUAACUGACUGAAUCCCAUUGUUUAGGGAUUUUCUGGUACUGUGAAAUUAAAAGUGAAGAACCCAACCUACCCUGGCAUGACAUUACUCCAGGGCAGUGAACAUUCAGCAGUGUGAUGCAAAAAGUUGCAGGGUCCAACUGUAGCUGACCAGCCUUCAGUUAUAGAAAGCUAGAAGCAUGUACAGAAUCAUUCUUGCACUUUCUCUUUCCCUCUUUGGAGGGGGUUACAUUUAAUUUCAUAAAGAAAAUUGUAAAACUGA